UCAGCAACCUUUUAACUAUCACCACAAAGCGUCAGGGGCCAGAAAAGCGAAAUGUGCGUCUUGUGUGAACUUUAUCUGGGCGGCAAAUGGACUAGGUGGCAGCGGCGGCGGCGGCGGCAGAGGCGGGACGAGUGAGCGAACGAGGCGAUGUGAGAGACCCCGCCUGGCCCGCCUGCUCGGUGCUCGCUCGGCGCUCGCUCGCGGCUCAGAGUGACUUGGACUGGUGUGUGGGGAGGUGCGCGUCGCUGGCCAUCCGUGUGCCCCGUCUCUUGAUUGCGUGUGCACCGUUGCGAUAGUGAGUGUAGUGCCCCAUCACACCACAUGUAAGCUGGUGCCUCAUUGCCCUGUGUCCCUAGUCUGCCCCCCGCCGCCUGCUGGUUUGUGAGGCGGAGGCAGCUUGACAGGCCGAGGGAGUUUUUAAGGCGCGAGAGGAGUGGACGGUCGCAGGUCUCAGGGACAGCUGGAGGUGGAGAGUGACACUGCCUUCAGACUUGCGGCGCUCGCCCUUCAAGCCACCUACGGGGACUUCUCGCAGGAGUCCGCCACUCGGUCCCACUUGAAGAAGCAGCAACUCCUACCAAACAGCGUCAUCCGCGACCACCCUUCCCUGCAGUACUGCGAGGAGCGAGUGAGCGAGGAGCACCGCCGUCUGCAGGGCUACACGCGCGGCCACGCCAUCCUGCAGUAUAUGAGCCUGGUGGAGCGCUUGCCGACCUACGGGACUCACUACUACGAGGUGCGGGACCGAUCCAACCUACCCUGGUACUUGGGUCUCAGUCACCGCGGCAUCGCCCAGUACGACUUCCUAGACAAGAAGAAACCGCGUCGGGUGUUCUUGUGGAAGCAGCUCGAGAACCUCUACUUUCGGGAGAGGAAGUUCUCCAUAGAGGUUCAUGACCCUAAAAGAGUGGUGCACACCCUGAGCUCCUUUAACCUGUACGAGGAUGCCAUAGAGGACUCGCGUGACCCCCACCAUGAUGACCUGCUAGCGGCCAUCACCGAAGCCACCACACAGGUGUCGGUGUCACGGAGGACAUUUGGGCCCGGCAACGUCAGUGUUUACGUUUGGUUUGCAGAGACUCAGUCGCUCUGCAAAGCAAUCUGGUCCAUGGCGAUCGCACAGCACCAAUUCUACCUUGACCGUAAAACCUCCAGAAGUGAAGCCAGUGGAGUGCGUGAGCUUCCAGAGCUGGCAGUCGAGUUGUCCCGGAGCUGUGUGUCUCUGUCCACACACUCCUCCUCCUCCAACCUGUCAAGAUCAGGCUCACACUCCUCCCUGGUCAACAACUCACUCGCAGAGGACAGUGCGAGUACAGAAAGCCUCCAUCAAGCCAGAAUGGAGAUGCACAGUGCCCUGAAACAACGAAGAGAUGCCUUGCAGGAGAAAAUCAAGGAGAAGGAGGAAGAGCUGAGACUGCUGUGUGUACGGGAGGGAGAGCUGACAGGGGAGCUGCCCCCUGAGUACCCCGUCACCCCAGGCCAGCCUCCUCCCACGGUGCGCAAGAGAGUUGGUACCUCAUUCGCGCUAAGUGAAAACCUCAUUAGCAAGAUAAUUAAACAGGAGGAGUCGGUAGCAGCCCUUGAGUUGGAGUUCGAGAUUCAGGGCAAAAUUACCUCUGCUGCAUUAAGACUAGCCAACGAGACCUCUGCCCGAAAUGGUGUUAGAAAGCAACGGAAGAUGUCUUAUCAGCAGUCUGCCAAGAAAUUAAAAGAAUUAGAGGCUAAGCUCUCUGCAGCCAGGUCCAAGCAAGCAGCCACUGCCGUCAGCAUGCCCAAGCAGAAAAAGAAGCCUCGUCCCAUCUCUGAUAGUGAAGGCAUGAGCAAUUAUGAUGACAGUGCCAACCUGAGCUCUGCCACCCUCACCAGCAGCAGCCAGGAGUGUGCCCAGGACAGCAUGUGUGAGCCACACCGCGAUGGUCUCAAUGUGGAGGGAGUGAGCCUCUCCCCGGCCACACCCUCCCACCCACCCGUCUCCCCUCGCUCCCCACAACUUCCCUCCACCCCAGUCAGGGCCAGAGCAAGGCGUGACCUGUCUCCGGGCAACCACAGCAUCGGGUCAAAUGGCAUCCAUUCAGCGCCAACAAGUCCUCACAAACAGGCCAAUGGAACAGUGUGCUCAAGACCAGCCAGUCCAAGCAGACCCAGCAGUGGAUACAUUCCCAGCUCUGUGUACACCAGAAGUCAGUACCGGAGUCAGCAGUAUCCAACCCUCUCCACACGCUCCCACUCAGUGCCGGCAGACGAGGGUCGCGUCCCACACCCCCGUGUCCCCUCCAUCAAUGGGCCGACAUACACCGGUGUGGAUCCUGCCCUGACGGAGACGCCCGGAGGCCUGUACAACAUCCCCCAGCAGCGCACCUCCCUGGCCUGUCACAGUGUGGAUGACCUGGACACCUCCACCCUCAUCACCCAUCCCCACCCACACCCCAACCACCACCAACCUUACAGACAGAGAAAUGACUCCCAGGAUAGGUACGGCAGUCUGGACCGGCGGUGGUCCAACAGCGGACGGCUUGAGUCACGCAGCAUGGAACACCUAGACUCUGUCCCCUCCCCUGCCUCUGCCCCUUCCAACCACCAUUCCGUGUCACCUCACCUGCAUCCAACCCACACAGGCUCUUACCCACAUCAUCCACAUUACCACAACCAUUUCCACACCCCUGAACACAACUCAGAGGCAAUGGAUACCACCAGCGACUCUCACCCCACAACAGCCAACUGUAGCUUUGACACCAUGUCCAGCGAGCGGUCAGGAGGAACAGACGUGGUGGAUGGAGUUGGUUCCUCGUAUAGGCACCAGGGAGGCUCACAAAACUACAGGCAUCGAAACAAGAGUGGCCCAGGCUUGCCCGCUGCCCCGCCCUCCCAGCAUCAUCGUAGCCAGACCCACGGUGCUGUACAGAGGUCACAGAGCGGCACAGUGCAUGUUUUAGUGAGAACAGCCAGUGGCAGGAGUUAUAUGGAAACGACUUUUAUGUCUGAGCCAAAUCAGAAUCAAGAAAAUAUUCCACCUUGUCGAAUGACUUCAGAGUUGCAACCAUUACGUUCUACCAAUGGCAAACAUCAUGACAGUCUCCCUCCUCUCCAUUCUGCCGGCUCCUCCAUUACCGGUGACCACCACUCCCACAGACCCGCUGGGACAGACUUAACAUCUCUCAGAUCUACAAAACCUGCUGAUAUACCCCCUUUAAGGGCCACCAGCAUGAAGAGUGAAUCUUUGAACAACAAUAAUAUAUCCCUGAACUCCUCCAUGAGUUCUAUGGCUGAAGAACCUCUGAUGUCUUUAGCAGAAGCAGCGAGACUUAAGAAAGAAAGAGGGGGAAAGGAAUGGUAUGAAACCUCUUUAGAUUCGCCAGCAUCAGGACGUCGCUUGAGGAAAAGUACAAAUAUUGGUGAUAUCAACGAGUCCUGUCAGAAUGGGAACGUAUCCUGUAGCCAGUCAAAUCUCAAUAUCAGCGGCAGCAGUGUGGGCAGCACUGGCAGUAGUAACAGCAGCAUCUUCCAGUCUCGAUCUGACUCUGCCGAUACAUCUCACGCUUCAGUUCCAUACGAGUCUCCACAAAACCACAUGAUCAUCUCUGCUGGAACUUACCAACCUUCAAGAGAGGUAACAAAACCUUUUGAAAUGGCAGAUUUCUACAAGUAUAGUACAAAAUAUAGACGCCAGAGCUCAAGCAACUUGGGUGGAAUCAAUGGGAGCAGCACCACAAGUGGCUCUGUGAGUAGUGUGAGCAGCGGAGGCGACACACCCUUGUCUCCUGUGCUACCACCCAGAGCCCAAAUGAUGGUUAGCAACAGUAAAAUGCUUCCACCCUCACCCAACAUGGUGGCCAAUCAUUCUGCCCCAGCACCUCAGCAGAAGGGUGUGUACCAACCCCUGACGCCCCUUACCUGCCAGCCACUGGAGGCCAUGAAAGGCUCCCCUGCUCCUGGGGAGGCUCAGGACCCAGUAGGAGGAUCUUGGGACACAGCGCCCCUCCACCAAGCAGUUCCUGCUACAGUCACUCACAAACGAUCUGCUACCUUGGUUUGAGGUAAGGUGUGGUUGAGGUUCAUGGAAUUAAAAGCACUUUAAUUUUAUUCUUUCUACACUAGAAAGAUGCUCAGAGUGACUCAUAUUUCCAUAUUGGUGCUCCAGUCAUUUAGCAUAAAUAAGCAUAUAAAUAUCUAUGUAUUAUAUCUAUAUAUAUAAAUAUAUAUAAAUAUGAAAGUUAAAUUCAGUCACCAUAUAUAGUUUUAUGUUUACUAUUUUUAGUGUUGAUCUCAUUGUUAAAAUGAAUAAUUUUCAACUGAUGUUCUCUUGUAAUAUGAUCUGACACCUUAUCCAUUUACCAUAGACUGAGUGUGUUCAGUCAUCAGCUGACUUCCCAUUCUUAUGCUCCGUGUGGUUAGAUACAACUUUUGUUUAGAAAAAUGUAAACAAUCAGAUUUCCUUAAAACAUGGACUGGUAUAGUCAUUGUAUUUGGGUCCCUCAUGCUCAGAUGGAACAGAAUAGCUCUUUUUAUAUUAUUUAUUACACAACCUGAUUUUUUUAAAGCCGGAUAUAUUUUCAUACUGAACACUUGAAAAUUCAGGUUUUUUGCUUGCUUCCAAGGUGUUUUGGCUAAUCAAAAGUAAUUAUAGUAUAUACAGUAAAAAUAAUUAGUCCUGGUGUGUCAUCAUUGUCUGACAACCAAGAGUAUGCAUUCAGCAAAUGCAAAAUUGAUGAUAUUUCCUAUUUAUCUCCCCUCAAUGAAUCCAAAAUUACCUGCUUUAAACGUCCACUCAGUCCACACUAGUCUUUAUGAAAAAACUCUGCUGCAUUUUUCCACUUGAAGUUCUCCCCUUGACCAUUAAUGUUUCUCCCUAGCAAUUUAGGGAAGCUGUUGAUCAGUCUUCAAAGCUAAUAUUCUCCCAAAUGAACUUCUCAUGCAACUUUUCUGUCUCCUUGGAGGGCAGUAUUAUGUGAUGGCUGAACUGAUUCUUGGUAAGACAGAGUACAAUACAAAAGACUAAUGUCAUGAGGAAUGGAAGACCAGAAGUCCCAUGUAGUGAGUCACCAGAAUCACAGUAUCCACGUGUAUCCAGAAAGAUUAUAAAUAAAGUCCCUGUAGCUUUGGUAUUCACAUUACACAUCUAAUUGUAAUCAUUUUCAACAGCAUCUGCAUUAUCUCAUUUUUUUGCUCAUAUUAAUUUAUUCUUUGCUGAAGUAUUCAUAUGCAUUGUGAUUUAUGCAAUACUAAAACUUAUUGCAGUAACUGUCAUUAACUUUCAGAAUUACUUCUGUUCUUCCUGUAAACUAGUUUUUAUUGAGUCAUCUUGAAUGUGCCUGUAACUCAUCAAUUUAGUCCAUUCUAUUACUUCAGUGCAUGUAGCAGUAUUAAUAUUCUUGUUAUAUCUGUUUCACUGUUUCUUUUUUUUUCCAGCAAAGUGUAAAAGUGUGAUGUAACCAGGUCUUUUCAAUUGAUACGAUUUGAUUUAUAAAUUUUCAAAGCAAGUCCAAACACAAUGUGACUUCUUGGUAUAGUCAUUCCUCAUGAUGCCAGGGACUUUGUUAAUGAUGAUAGUAGUCAGUAGUCACUCAGUGGAUCGACCAACAGUGAUAAAGUGUUUUCCCCGGGUUUUAACAUUAAUAGACAAAGAUCUUGCAGGAUGUCUCGUGUUAACCGACUCCUUACUUAGUUUACCAAGUUUACCAAGACAAGUUCUAAGUUAUAAUAUGAUCAGUGUUGUGAUUAACUAAAUUAGUUAAUGCUGUAAAACACCUUUUAACUCAUGAAGCUCAAAUUUUAUUUAACUUAAAUUUAAAUCUUUAGAGUAUUUAUUAGUGACCAAUGUAACUACUGGCCUAUCUUUUAGCUGUCAGAGGAGACCUUUUGCAUUUCUCUGAGGAUAAGCUGACCACCACUGGGGCCAGGCCACUACAUGAGGUUUGACCCAAGUUUUGUCCCGUAAUGAAAGUCACUUUUUCAUUCACUAAAAAAUUCAUAUUGCUGUAACAGUCAUUGCCAUGACAAGACCUGUCCUCAGUGGACGUGAGAGCUGGGCCUCAGACAACUUACCAAAGAUAAGUGCCUUUUUUAUACUGACAGAAAUGUAGAUACUUGUAAAAUUUUGUACAGCAAAAAUAUAAAUGGAUAUGUUA